CGAGCCGUCGCGUCGCGUCGCGUCGUGUCGGGAACCACUGGAUUUUGCUUAUUUCCUAACUGUUCUCCUCUCUCGUUUCCGUGUCGAAACUCGCGUACGAGGAGAGGACCAGGAAUAAUAUACGAGACACCUUGGUACGGUCCGUCGUCGAACGGACGUAACCGGUGAUUCGUCCCGGAGCGCGAGAAACGAUCGACCAGGAUGCAGGUCGCAACGUUGUUUAGGGAGAGUGCCACCCUGUUGGGUGCCUCUAGCCUGGAUCCCCCGCAAACUCAUCAUCAUCAGGCUAUGCACCAACAGCAACAACAACAACAACAACAGCAGCAGCAGCAGCAGCAGCAGCAGCAGCAGCAGCUACAACAACACCCCGCCGAUUUACAUUUGGCUCAUCACAUGCAACACCAUUAUAAGAUGUCGUAUCCGUCACCCGUGCAAAACGGAGGACCAAACGGAGCGACGAUGAAUUGCAACGGGUCUCAAGGGGUGAUGGUAAAGCAGGAAGCGAGGGAUGACGGUUACGAGACAAGUCCGGACCUCGAGAUGAGGAGCACCGGCGGUGACAGCAGUCAGCAGUACCACACGCCGCUGACACCGCACACACCGCACACGCCGCACACGCCGCACACACCCCUCACGCCGAUAUCGGCGACAGCGCAUCAACCCCAGCAACCUGGCUCGACCGCUUCCACCCUUGGACAGGUAACGAUCAAGUGCGAGACACCGGUGGAUCCGUAUUCGUUCGUGGACGAGGAGAUGUCGAUGGGUGGUAUGAGGACUGCCAGCAGCCCUGCCGGUAACCCGGAGAACAUGACGUGUCCGUCCGGAGCGCAACCGGGCCUGGGUACGCCUACGUCGACACCGCCCGGACCACUCUCCGGACCGCUUUCCGGACCACUGUCUGGACCGCAACAUCUUCAGAUGAACCUCGGCGUGAUGAACGGCAACGUGAACCCUCAGUUGGCGGUUCAUCAGCCAAAGAAACGGGGCCGCAAAAGAAAGUCCGAAAUGAUUCUGACGCCGGAAGAGGCGGAAUUAGCCGAGGCGAAGAAACGAGCGAAAACGUACAAAGAGAGGAAGAAACACGACAGAUUCGACGGUAUGCCGGAAGAGGAAGUGAGCAAGCGUGUCCUACCGGAUCAUCUGACCAACAACCUCGACAUCAUCAUAAUCGGAAUCAAUCCGGGACUCUUCGCCGCUUACAAAGGACAUCACUACGCCGGACCAGGGAAUCAUUUCUGGAAGUGUUUACACCUGAGCGGACUGACACCCGAACCACUGACGGCCGAUGACGAUUACAAGCUCUUGCGCUUCGGUAUCGGUUUCACGAACAUGGUGGCUCGCGCCACCAAAGGCAGCGCCGAUCUCACCAGGAAGGAAAUCAAAGAAGGUAGUCACAUUCUGUUAGAGAAAUUGCGAAAAUACAAGCCCAAGAUCGCGGUGUUCAACGGUAAACUGAUAUACGAGGUAUUCUCCGGAAAGAAAGAGUUCGGAUUCGGAAGACAACCCAACCUGGUCGAAGGUACAAAUACGUACAUGUGGGUGAUGCCGUCGAGCAGCGCGAGAUGCGCGCAACUACCGCGAGCGGCGGACAAAGUGCCGUAUUACGCGGCGCUGAAAAAGUUCCGCGACUAUUUGAACGGCGCCAUAUCCCAUCUGGACGAAUCCGACAUCGUGUUCGCGGAUUCGAAGCUGAAGAAGAAAGAACAGGAGGCGAUCGAAGAUAAGAAACCUUCGUUCUGCGACGAUAUGAACGAGGGGGAGAGUAGGAUGGGCGAGAUGAACGGAACGGGCAUGAAACAGGAAGCGAAUUCUCAAAUACCCGGGAAAAAGAAGAGAGGCAGACCGAAAAAGAUAAAGAAUCCGGAAGAUCAACCGCCGCCCGAUCCCGAGAAACUGGACGCGAACGGGGAAGUGAUAAAGAAACGACGCGGACGUCCGAAGAAGAUUCACCAACAACAGAAACAACAAGAACGCGAGAUUCGCGAACGAGAACAGCAGCAGCAGCAUCAGCAGCAACACCAGGCUCUAGGACAUCUGGGAGACGGGUAUGGCAACGUGAUGUCCAACUGCUUUUCGCCACCGAAGACGUUCGCGCAUAUGGCGCCUUAUCCUCAACCGAUCAACGACUCCGGUUACUAUGGACAGCCCAUGAACGACAGUCCGUACAACGUGAACGCGAAACAGAGUCCGGUCCACUUGCAACACUACAGUCAAAGUCCGAAAUCCAUGUCCCUCUCGUUCACUCAUUCCGACCUGUCCUCGGAGAUCAAUACAGCGAUCUCGUCGGAAAACAAUCUGGAACCCUCGCCGUUGACUUCUCCGAGCGUCGAACAUCCGGACUUCGAGCCUCCUACGAGCAUGUCGCAACAAAACAUGAACAACGAUCAUCGUCAGUACAAUCCGGCUGGAAACGGCGAGCAUGGCCACCACGGUAGCCCGGGAACUCCGUCUCAUACGAGUUACGCGAGUUACAUGGGCUAUCACGAGCAAACCCCGGACCCUCACAAUCCUCAUCCUCAUCAGACCACUCCGACGCCGCUCAGUCAAACCGCCGACGAACACUCGCACCAUUCCCAUCCGACUCCGCCGCACACGCAUCCUCAUACACCGACCCACGCCUCGAUGUCGCCGCACCACCAUCCGCACGAGCAAUACGGCAUCAAGAGGAACACCGGCCAGGACGUCGCGUCCAAGAGUCUCAGCGACCUGGAAUCUCUAGUCGAUCAAAUACCGAGUAUAGCCGACGGUGGCACUCAACGACUUCACCACUCUCAUCCCGGUAUGGCCGACGAUGGAUCGCUCGCGGAAAAGAUGGAAGCGCAUCAUCAGUCUUACCUGUCGUCGGGCUUCUCCGGAAUGCCUAACGCGGCCAUGUCCAAUUACAGUCCCCCGCUAGGACCCGCUGGCCCGAUCUAUCCCGGUUCGUUGCACCAUUCUCCGACCGACGGUUACGGAUCGCUCUAUAACAUGAACGGCCGACAACAUCCGGAUUCUCAACAGCAACAACAGCAGCAGCAGCAACAACAACAACAGCAGCAGCAGCAACAUCAGCAGCAGCAGCAGCAACAGCAGCAGCAGCAGCAGCAGCAGCAACAACAACAACAACAACAACAACACAGUAAAUCGUACACGGUGGAAAACCUAGCGUCUAGCAAUUAUACGCCCAGCAUGAACCACGGACACGGGCAUCCCGGUAACUCGUACCCGAACAUUAUUCCUGGCCCUCAUUAUCCCGUACCGAUGGGUUCGACGAACGGAUACCUUUUCGGUGGACUGGAGUCUAGCCUGAUGCAACGCACUUACGGGAUGAGCGGUAUGAGCGGAAUGGGAGGAAUGCAUCCGUCUCUCGGUCAUAUGGCCAAUCCUUAUUCCUACAACGGUUCGUACUCUAGUUCCUUCGACGCGUAUCCGACACCGCCCGCCGGGAUUCACGCGCCCAGCGCCAAUUAUCCCGGCGGCUACACAGCGUCGGUCGGUGGCAGCACACCGGGUACGUCCACGCCGCCUUCUUACCUCCCCUCUCAUCACAGACCGUCGGUCGACCUCGCCUACGAUGGUGUAUGAUAAUCGAUGUAAAGCUAAUCGACGCGCGCUACGCGAUUCGGGCGCUACGUUUAUCUUUUCUACGUAUUUUUACACGUUUAGGAUCCGCCGGAAUUGUCGUCUUAACGAAACGCUUCUCGAAUGCUUUCUGCCGCGACUCGCUACCACGAUUUGCGCGCGCCUUUUUCAUUUCUACCUUUCCUACUCUACCGCGCUCCUGACUCUCUCCUUCCGUCUCGCCGUUUUAUUUUCGCCUUCUCUCCGAACGAUUCCCGUAUUCUUUCUUUCGUGUCUCGCUCGAGUAACGAUCGUGCCGCGAGUAGCGACGGGUGCGCGGCUCGAAACCGUGAAAACUGCUAGCGAAGGAACGCUGCUACCGCACAUGCCACGAAAUUAGGCUUUCGCGUAACGCGUCGAUGAGCUUCAGGCCGCGCGUACGAUUUACGGCCGCGCGAACGGUGAACGGUGAACGGUGAACGAUAAAAGACUAGCGUACUUUCGAACGCGAAAACAUCGCCAUCGAUUCCGUUCCUCAAUGUGCUACUCGAGACGACUAAGAACGCGUCCACGUUCGAAAAAGUAUCCGCUCUUCCGCUCGUCCGUUCGCUAACGCGCAUCGAGAAGCAGCCGUGUGUGGCCUCGGGAACCGACUGCGUUUCGUCUGACCGUUCACCUCCGUUCGCGUUGAUCGUCGACAAUGGGUAGAGAAAAAGCGAUGUUAAAGUUUCGCUAUUUUGCGUCGUCUAGCAAAAACGUUAUUGUUACGCUUUCGUUAUCGUUGAAAUAUAUUUCGCUUGUUUCGCUUGACCGGCGAAUACGCGCAAUCUGUUGCCGCUCCAACGGAUCGAUGCGAAAGAACCAGCUUCUCGAACGUGAUUCGUUAGAAUUACAAAAAUUCGCGCCCAUGCGUAUACAGCGCGUAUAUUCGUUGUUAUUUUGUCCAUUUAACCGUUUAUCCAUUUGUUGCGUUGCGCGAGGAACGUUCAGCUUCGUCAUCGACCACGAUGGGUCGCGCGUAACUCUCGUCUCGAAGAUUUUGUCGCGAACAAUUCCGUCGACGCGUUUUUCGCGAGUUUCAGUAACGUUACGAACAGCGAUUACGAUCAACGAAGCGACAAGCGCGGUUAUUGUACUACACGGUUGGUGUAUGCGCGCGUUACGCCGUAACUUUACGUCGUCAAAGCGAUAACGCGUAUACGCGCGUGCACGCGAUUAAUUGCAAACCAUGCGUAUGUUUUAACGCGAAUCUAGUCAAUUCGAUUCGUUGAAUCGUGGCUGUUUAUCGCGAUCGACCGAGUAAUUUUAUGUACGAAUUAAAUCGAAAAAGAAAACGGAUCGAUGAAAGUAUCGAAUAUCGCGCGAUUUCCCUUCCGUUCGUACGUGGCGUAUACUAAAUUGUAAUUUUGCUAAAAGAUCGCUUCGACGAGUUACGUUAACGUAGAAUCUUCUGGCGUAGGAACCGAUGGUUCACCGUUCGAAUAAUUGCUAAGAGAAAUUACGCCUGCAACGACUCGAUAUAGCAAAUCGAAAGGUUAAAUGAAAAAAGGGAAAGAAAUUAAUUUUUUAUACUGGUUACGGCCCAUGAACAUGUUACGGUGAACGCGUUAAUGAGCUUUCCUCCGACUCCGCCGUGAAUUAAUAAUAAUCGGCAUUUUUCGUGCUGUCGCGUGUCGGGCCAAACGAAAGAAAGACGAAAGAAAAAGUGCCGAAUAGAAGACGUUUCUCCUCUCUUCGCUCGGAAGCUUUCCGAUCGCGAAACCGAUCGCGAGAGGCGAAACGUCGAUGCGUGAACAGCGAAACGGAAGAGAGAUACGUAGCGAAGAAAAGCUCGAUAGUCGAUUCGAUAGACAUAUCCUCGCUUUCGUACCUCGCACUCGCCAUACUCACAUACACACAUAUACACAUACAACACACACAAAUACACACACACACACACAGAGCCAUAGUCGUUCUCGUUGCGAUAAAUUUUCUGUAUCGGUUAAUCGUUGACUCUCGACGCCGCUGUGAAAUGUCAUAGGUUACCGUCAUUUUUAUCGUUAUCGCGUUAUGUUGUCUCGUUAAUUGUAUUUCAUCGGCGUGUUUCGAGCAAUCGAGGAUCACCGGUGUUUAUCGAUACGCGAUCAUCAACACUCGAUUUAGACGUAUGCAUGCCAUUAACCGACAUCCUCUUUUGUCGCUGAUCGACGCUGUAAAAUUACGCAUCUGGCAUGAUUCUACGCAAAGCGGAAAGAAAUAUAACGCGGUCGCGUACUCGUACACGAAACCGUGUGAAACCGUAUGAAACCGUGUGAAACCGCGUGAAACCGCGCGAAACCUCGUAAAACCUCGUAAAACCGCGUAAAACCGUGAAAACCGCGCGAGAAACGAACGACAGGAGGAAGAAGAAGGGAAAGAAGAAGAAAUAAAGAGGGAAGAAGGAUAUCGGUGUACGCGUACGCGCGCUUUAUAUUUACCAAAUAUACAUAAAGUAUAAAUAUUAUAUAUUGACUAUCUACGAUAAGCGAGAAAAACAUUUAUCGAGUAAUCGCAUAGGAUGUGUUGAAACAUUUAAAAUGAUGCACAGGGUAUAGAUGAAGAAAAUCGUUGAUAUAAUAACUGAUGUCUAUAUAAUGAA